ACUCUACCAAGAAGGAAUCUACGCUGGUGCAGCCAAUCUUCGAGAGGCGUACAAAAGAGACCGCGCAGUCGUCCGCCCCGAAACGCCGCCGCUCGAACAAGGACCCGCAGUCACCCUGGCUACUGGUGAACGUGAUAGUGCGUGUGCUCCUACUGAGCGAUCGUGACUGAGAGUGCCGGCAUCGUCCACGUGGUCAUCACGCUCGUGUCCAUGGUCAGGCCGACUCCCACAACAUCGAGGCACCCUACCAUGGAAGAAUCGACAAUGGUGCCGCCAAACCGGCGUUCUAACGAGACCACGCAGUCGUCAGCCCUGAAACGUCGCCAAUUGAACAAAGACCCGCCGUCACCGUGGGCACGGGUGAAUGUGGGAGUGCGCACACGCCUACUGAGCGAUCGUGACUCUGAGAGUGCCGGCAUCUUCCACGUGGUCAUCACGCUCGCGUUCAUGGUCAGGCCGACUCCCGCAACAUCUAGGUACCCUACCAUGGAGGAAUCCACAAUGGUGCCGCCAAACCGGCGUUCUAACGAUACCGCGCAGUCUUCAGUCCUGAAACGUCGUCAAUCGAACAAAGACCCGCCGUCACCGUGGGCACGGGUGAAUGUGGGAGUGCGCGUGCGCCUACUGAGUUAUCGUGACUCUGAGACCGCCAGCAUCGUCCGCGUGGUGGGCGACAAGUGCCAUGUGUUCGAGCCCAAGGCCGAGGCGGAAUCUUUCCAUUUUCAAGAAGAGCGGACACGCGGGGUUCUCGUCAAGCCCAACGAAGACAAAACAUUCAUGUUUGAUGAAUUCUUUGAUGAAACAAAAGAUAAUGUGUAUGUGUUUAGGAGCACCACCAAGGACAUGCUGACGAUGCUCCUUGAAGGGUGCAAUAGCUCUGUAUUCAUCUGCAUUUUGACGUGCGCCGGUGAACCUUUCGCAAUGUUGGGCUCCGAGGAAUGCCCUGGAGUGAUCACCCUCAUGACCUGCGAGUUUUACCAGCGCGUGGACAAGCUUCGGUCAGAGGGUGAGACAUGUGACGUAGCAGUCACCUAUCUGGAAGUCUACAGCAAGGUUGUUCGAGACCUGCUGUGCCUCAGCCCGGCCAAGGGUAUUACCACAUUGAAGCUCACCGUAUGCAAAGUGAAUGAAUCCGCCACCUUCCUCGAGCUGCUCUUGAAAGGAAACAAGAACUGGACGCAGCAUGCCACCGACGUUAAUGCUGAGUCUUCAUGGUCACACGGCAUCUUCCGGAGCUAUGUCACACUGACAGAGAAUGUGACAAGCACGAACAAAGAAGUUCGUGUCUCGAUGCGCUCUAUUAACCUUGCCGACUCGGAGCGAGGAGCGGCGGUGAGUAGGAACGUAAAGGAGGGUACCAAGUUCGACCUGUCGCUCCUGGCCCACGGCAGCUGCAUCGACGUCCGCUCAAACAGUGCCGUACCUUGGAGUCCUGGUACGCAACAAGUGCAAUACCAGGACUCCAAGCUGACCCACAUCCUCAAGGACUCGCUGGGUGCCUCGUGCAACACCCUCAUGAUUGGGACAGCGACGGCGUUGAAGCUCAGUUCCACGGAAAUGUACAACACCCUGGAAUAUAUGCUGAGCAGGCUAUGAAGAUCGAGCUUCGGGCAAAUAAGAAUGUGCUGAAUGUGAACGUCCUCAUGUCCAUGCAUAUUGAUCUGCGCUGUACAACAGGCAUGUGAAACUGCAUCUUUUAGUGCAGCUCGGGACAUACUGGGAGAGCAGCAGUGCGG